AUGAGACGGAUUAUAUGGGAUGCUAGUGGAUCUCAAGCCAUCAAGGAUCUGCUGAGGGUUGUCAAAGAUAAGCUUCUGGUUAUUCAACUCCCUAGCGAUAUCAAGAAAGAGUGGAGACAAGGCUAUCAUGCUAACGCUGAGACACUUCAUCCAACCGCGACACCGGUUCGGGAAGAGAACGUCGAGGCAGUCUCGAGCGUGCUGUUCCUCACCGUCUACUUCUUGUACACCGGCCGGCCGGAGCUCGAGGUUUUGAGCGGGCUGAGCAUGGACAUCGACCCGGCCAAUUCUACAGGCAUGUGA